GCAAAGGACAAUGAAUCCCCACAAUUUGCCGUACCCCACUUUCAUCCAUCCUUUUCUCCUUUUGUUUGCAUCCUCUCCGUUCUGUUUAAACCCUAAUUCCGAUUUUUGAAUCUCCAUAGCAAAGAUUAUAGAAAGAGAAGCUGCACCCUUUCUUUCUCUCACCCUCGAAACCCUAUUGGGUGGAGAAAGGAAUGAAAUUGGGAUGGAGGUUGAAAACCCAAGAAUCGGAAAUGGCGAUGACGGAGAUAUCAAGAGGAGUAAUGGGGACGGCGGCGGCCUCGGGAGGCUUUACGGCUGGCCGGCGUCGCGGAUUGUCCGGGUUUCUCGAGCUUCUGGGGGGAAAGACAGGCACAGCAAGGUGUGGACUUCUAAGGGCCUAAGAGACCGCCGCGUCCGCCUCUCCGUCAACACUGCUGUCCAGUUCUACGAUUUGCAGGACCGCCUCGGCUACGACCAGCCCAGUAAGGCGGUGGAGUGGUUGUUGAAGGCGGCAGCUCCGUUCAUCGACGAGCUUCCAUCUUUGAACGCUUCUUUUCCUGAUACGCUGCAGCUAACCGACGAGAGAAGGCCUAGAGGCGGCGGCGGCGGAGGAGGAGAACAGCAGCACAGUAGCCCGUCCGACACCAGCAAAGGCUCCGGCGGGCUUUCUCUUUCCCGGUCGGAGUAUCGCGUCCUGGCCUUGGAACGAGCUCGGGAGAGAGCUGCCGGGAAGGAGAAGAGCAAAGAAAAUGCAAACCCCCUUUCCCAAAAUACAAGCUUUACAGAGCUGUUGACUAGUGGCGGCGCCGGCGGCGGAAAUAACGUGAAAGGCGAAUCCGAUUUCUUUUCCGUUGAUUAUGUCACCAAUGGGCUAUUAACCCGUUCUGCUGUUCGUUCACCCUCCUGCGACUAUCCGGCCCAUCAAAUCCACCUGGGAAACCCUAUGAUGACCCCUCCUGCGUCUUCCCCCUUGUUCAGCCAACAAUUCUCCUUCGUCGCCGACCACAACCACCACCAGCAGCAUGACGACCCCAACAACUACAAUCUGAAUUUCAGCAUUUCGUCUUCUUCCUCGGGCCUUGCUGCUUUUAGGGGGACCCUUCAGUCCAAUUCAUCCUCUCCUUCUCCUUCUCCGUCUCUAUUGCCUCCUCACCUUCAGAGGUUUCAUCCCAUUGACGGAGCACCAACAAGUUUCUUUACGUCCUCGAACUCCCAUGUGGACAACCAUCACCACUUUCUCCAUGGGUUUGAUGCCCGUUUGCAGCUCCACUAUGGUGACCCGCAAACCGAUCUUAAGCCCAAAGGAAAGAACUGAUCUCACAACGGGCCGGCCAGAUCUUUCUCUAGCCCAUCUUCAGACAAAUGGUGUGAUAGGAGGUGGAUGAGUGCUCAGUGAAAGCAAGCUUCCUUGCUGCAUCAGCUUGCUCACUUAUCCUUAUGCUUCUACUACUAUCAUUAUUACUAUUAUUACUAUCACUAUCAUGACAGUUUCUGGAUUUGUUCAUUUCAAGCAAUUGAGUUUGCAAUCACUUAUUAUAUUACUUCAUGCAUAAUUUGCCUUUUGUGUUUAUCUUCAAUUCUUCAUUGAUUUGCAAUAAUGUGUUAAAUCACUUCAAACUGGGUUUUCUUCUCUCUUUGAC